AUGCCACCAAAAGAAGCUCCUAAGAAAUGGAAGGCGCCAAAAGGGCCAAAACCUAAUCACCGCAAGAAUAAAAAUAAGCUUGAGUUGGGAAGAGCCAUUAAAUAUGCCCGUCAAAAAGAAAACUCUAUCGAAUAUCUACCUGAUGGUGAAAUGAGGUUCACUACCGAUAAGCAUGAAGCUAACUGGGUCAAAUUAAGAUCUGUGACUCAGGAAUCGGCUUUGGAUGAGUUUUUAAGUACAGCUGCACUAGCAGAUAAGGAUUUCACAGCUGAUAGGCACUCAAGUGUCAAAAUCAUUAGAAUGGAUAGUGGUGAUGAUUCCGCAACGUCUCAAGGAUUUUCUCUAACUAAUGAGCAACGUGGUACCCUAAAUGCAAAGCAGAGGGCACUCUCCAAAGAUUUAAUUGUUCCAAGAAGACCUGCCUGGGAUGAGGACAUGACAAAGCUUCAACUGGAUAGACAAGAAAAGGAGGCAUUUUUGGAGUGGAGAAGAAAAUUAGCACAUUUGCAAGAAAGCAAUGAAGAUCUGCUGUUAACACCUUUCGAAAGAAAUAUUGAAGUUUGGAAGCAAUUAUGGAGAGUGGUUGAAAGAUCAGAUUUGGUUGUUCAAAUUGUGGAUGCUAGAGAUCCUUUAUUGUUUAGAUCUGUCGAUUUAGAAAGAUAUGUCAAAGAAUCAGAUGAAAGAAAGGAAAAUUUACUGUUAGUCAAUAAAGCCGAUUUAUUAACAAAAAAACAGCGUAUCACUUGGGCCAAGUACUUUAUUUCAAAAAAUAUCUCGUUCACAUUCUAUUCUGCAUUGAGAGCCAACCAACUGUUGGAAUUACAAAAGGAACUGGGAGAUGAUUACAAAGAGCAAGAAAUUGAAGAAGCUGAUGAGGAAGAAUUAGAUGUUGAUGAAGAAAUUUUGGAAAAAGUUAAAAUUUUGUCUAUUGAUCAAUUGGAAGAACUAUUUUUAUCAAAGGCACCAAAAGAACCUUUACUGCCACCUUUGCCUGGCCAAUCCUCUUUGAUUAAUAUUGGUUUGGUUGGUUAUCCAAAUGUUGGUAAAUCUUCCACAAUCAAUUCCCUUGUAGGUGCCAAGAAAGUUUCAGUUUCAUCCACGCCUGGUAAAACCAAGCAUUUCCAAACCAUCAAAUUAUCUGAUUCGGUCAUGCUAUGUGAUUGUCCCGGUCUUGUCUUUCCAAAUUUUGCCUACAACAAAGGUGAACUUGUAUGUAACGGUGUUUUGCCGAUCGAUCAGUUGCGUGAUUACAUCGGCCCAGCAGGUUUGGUAGCAGAAAGAAUACCUAAGUACUACAUUGAAGCUAUCUAUGGUAUUCACAUUCAAACCAAAUCUAAGGAUGAAGGUGGGAAUGGAGAAAUUCCAACUGCUCAAGAACUGUUAGUUGCGUACGCAAGAGCACGUGGUUACAUGACUCAAGGUUACGGUUCAGCCGAUGAAUCGAGAGCAAGUCGUUAUAUAUUGAAAGAUUACGUCAACGGGAAAUUACUGUAUAUCAAUCCUCCACCUCAUCUUGAAGACGAUACGCCUUACACCAGAGAAGAAAGUGAAGAAUUUAACAAGGAACUGUAUGUCUUUGACAGGCUACCGGAAACCAGAAAAGAGCAAGUGCAAAGUGCUGCCAAAGCUAAAGGUAUCACUGUUGUGGAUUUAGCUCGUGAUUUGAAUCAACUGACAUUCUCUGCUCAUACUGGUGGUGACAUUGAGAAGGAAGCGAAAUCUGUCACACAUGGUGGUAAGCAAGCCGCGUUAUACAAUGCUGCUGAAGACUUGGAUAGAGAUUUUUUCAGGAUGAACAACGUCGAAGGUAGAUUAAGUACGCCAUUCCACAAAAUUCAAAAUAAUACGGAUGGUAAGAGACACAACAAAAAAAAUAAGAGCAAAAAUGCCAAGAGCAAGGUUUUCAGCAUUGAUAACAACUAA